CCCUAAACUAAACCCAUUCUAAUUUGUACACACACACAGAUUCCUGGCAUUAUUAGAGAGAUAACACAAUAAAAUGUGCUAAAAGUGAAGAGUUAUGAAUACUUUCUGAAGCCACUGUAUAUCACAAACCGAAGCAUCUGUCAAAGUCUAUCUAAUCCUGAUCCUUCUCCCAGACAGAGACACCAAUGCUUCUUCUUGAGGUGAUCUGCAGUCUGAUUGGCUGGGUGGCAUUAUACUGUGUCUUCUGCUGUCUAGCCAACCAAAGAGGAAAGGAGUGGAACUGCAGACUGGUGACGCUGUUUCAUGGGAUACUCAUUGUGGGCAUGACAGCAUACAUAGGUUUCAUAGAUGGGCCCUGGCCCCUUACUCACCCAGGCACGGAGAACACACCUCUCCAGAUCAAGGCCCUGGUGCUCAGCCUGGGCUACUUCCUCUUCGACAUGGGCUGGUGCAUGUGCCACUGUUCUGAGGGCCCCAUCAUGCUUGCUCACCACACAAUGAGCAUCCUGGGUAUCCUGCUGGCACUGGGCCUGGGAGAGUCUGGAAUUGAGACAUGCGCCGUCAUCUUCGGCAGUGAAAUUACAAACCCACUUCUCCAAGCCCGCUGGUUCCUCAGACAGAUUGGGCGCUACGACAGCCUGCUGGGGGAUGUGGUCGACUUGCUCUUCAUCUUGCUGUUUGCCUUUGUGCGUGUUGGUGUGGGCACCAUCAUGCUCUACUGUGAAAUCACCUCCCCCAGACCCAGUCUAAUAAUGAAAGGGGGGGGUCUGGCUAUGUACAUGUUAGCUUGGGUCUUCAUGGUGGACAUAGCAAGAUUUGCCUGCAAGAAAAGUCGGGCCAAGUAUAAAAAAUGGCAAGAG